AUGCUCUCUUUGAAAGUGAACGAAACGUGCAAGAAGAAAAUUGUCAGUGAAUUAGGCAAAACUCUUAAAGACUUGGAGGAGCAAACGAAAAUAGUGAAAGAAUGGAUAAAAACACAAACACACUUGCCAGAAAUACCGAGUACAAAUAUGAUCGAAUUCGUUGUAGUUAAUAGCAAGUUCAAAAUCGAAAAGAUCAAACAAAAAGUUGAAUUAUAUUACACAAUAAAAAAUUCAUACCCGGAUUUCUACGACAAUGUAAACCCCAAGCUUCAAACCGUCAAAGAAGGUAUGAACAACCAAUUGAUAGUUCCAAUUCCGAAACUAAUCGAAGACAAAUACCGCCUGAUCGUUUUCAAAAUGAAGGACAACGAGGAAGGCUUCAACGACGACGCUCAAUUAGCCUUGGUUGUAAAUUUAUACGAAAUCAGAAUGCAGGAGGAUUUCUCGCUGAGCGACAUAAUCCUCUUCGAUUUCGAGCAUGUUACUAUGACUCACGUUUACAAAACGAGCUUCGCGAUGGUUAGAAGGGCCGCAUAUAUCUUAGAAAAACUUUACAGCAACCGAAUAAAAGCCGUGCAUAUAAUCAAUUACCACCCGAUAUGCCGGUUGUUGUAUAAAAUGGCCAGCAUGGUGUUGAAACAAAAACUUCUAGAUAGGGUUAAAUUUCACAAUUCCGUUGAAAGUUUGUGCCAGCAUAUCCCUAAGGAAUCCUUGCCUAGCGAUUACGGAGGUGACCAAAAAUCUUUAGAUGAAAUAGAGGAGUUGUGGAAAACAAAGUUGGUGGAGUAUGCGGACCGGUUUGAUGAACUUGAUACUUUGAGAGUAAACGACGCACUCCGUCCCGCUCCGAUGAAGGAUAAUGAAACGUUAAAUUUGCAAGGAACUUUCAGGAAGCUUAUUGUAGAUUAG